AUGGGGACCCCAAAACCGCGGAUUCUGCCCUGGCUCAUUUCACAGUUGGACCAGGGACACAUAGAGGGCGUGGCGUGGCUGGAUGCGCAACACUUACGCUUCCGCAUCCCUUGGAAGCAUCAUCUACGACAGGAUGCGAAACAGGAAGACUUCAGGAUCUUCCAGGCCUGGGCUGAGGUCAGUGGGGCCUACAAUCCUGAGAAAGAUAAACCAGACCCACCUACAUGGAAGAGGAACUUCCGGUCAGCUCUGAACCGAAAGGAUGUAUUGCACGUAGUCCAAGACAACAGCAAGGACCCCGUGGACCCGCACAAAGUCUAUGAAUUUGUGACUCCAGGGAUCAUGGACUUUCCUGACUGGGACCCUUCUCCAGACCCCAAUGACAAAGGCAGUACUUUGGAUACUCAGGAAGACAUCCUAGAGGAUUUACUGAAUGACAUGGCCUUAGGUCCCGUCCCAGAGGCAGCACCCUCAGGCCUGGCCAUGGCCCCUGAGCAGCCGCCCCCUCCCUUCAUGCCGAACCCCGUUGCAGAAGUCUGUGCUGUCGGCCAAAACCCAGCCCCCUUGGCAAAUCCACUGAGGCAUCUGCUGAUCCCUGAGGAUGAGUGGGAAUUUGAAGUGACUGCCUUCUACCGAGGCCGCCAGGUCUUCCAGCAAGCUGUCUACAGCCGAAGGGGCCUGCAGCUGGUGGGCUCUGAGACGGCAGACGGGACCCUGCCUGGGCCCCGGAUCGUGCUGCCUGACCCCGAGGCGAUGCUGAGGGACAAGGUGGCAGUGGACUACGUGAGGCGGGUGCUGAGCUCCCUGGGCGGGGGGCUCGCUCUGUGGCGGACAGGGCAGCAACUCUGGGCUCAGAGGCUUGGGCACUGCGCCACGUUCUGGGUCACCGGCGAGGAGCAGCUUCCGAGUGGCACGCACGGCGAGGUCCCCAAGGACAGGGGAGACAUCGUGUUCAACCUGGGACCCUUCGUGGCAGAUCUGAUAGCCUUCAUCGAAGGAAGCAGACACUCACCCCGCUACACUCUCUGGUUCUGCAUCGGGCAGCCGUGGCCACAGGAUGAGCCGUGGACCAAGAGGCUGCUGAUGGUCAAGGUGGUUCCCACGUGCCUCAGGGCCCUGCUGGACAUGGCCCGGGUGGGGGGCGCCUCCUCACUGGAGACGGUGGACCUGCACAUCUCCAACAGCGUCCCCCUCACCCUCACCUCGGACCAGUACAAGGCCUACCUGCAGGACCUGGUGGAGGACAUGGAUUACCUGGUCGAGGGGUCUCUGAACUACUGA